AGACCCUGGCGGACAGCAGCAGAGAGGGAGGUUGGACCGGGAACAAUAGAGAGAAACGAAGCCAGCCCUGAAACACCGAGAGGGCGACAGAAAGAAAGAAAUCUAGCGAGGGGGCUGAAGGGAGAGAGAGGUAAACAGGAGAACAUGUGAGGAAUAAAGACGCGAGGAUUUUCCGGACCUGAGGGCUUUAUUUCUGUCUUUCUUUGUCGGUGGAUUGUAUUGAACCGGAUUCCGGUAUGAACCCUGCAGAAGCGGCCGAGGAGGCGCCCAGCGACCCCGACACUGAUGCCUUCUACAAAACAGGGUCGUUCAGGACUGAAGGCAUCAAAGCGUCUGAUGUUCUUCCCGUGUUAAAGGAGAAAGUUGCCUUCGUGUCAGGUGGGCGAGAUAAAAGAGGAGGACCAAUCUUGACAUUUCCUGCCAGGAGUAACCAUGACCGAAUAAAACAGGAAGACCUGAGGAGGCUGGUAACCUACCUGUCUACUGUUCCCAGUGAGGAUGUAUGUAAACGUGGUUUUACUGUCAUCAUCGACAUGCGUGGUUCUAAGUGGGAACUGAUCAAGCCUCUGCUGAAGACACUGCAGGAGUUUUUCCCGGCUGAGAUCUGUGUGGCGCUCAUCAUCAAACCGGACAACUUCUGGCAGAAACAGAAAACGAACUUCGGCAGUGCGAAGUUCUCCUUUGAGACCAGCAUGGUGUCAGUUGAAGGUCUGGCCAAACUAGUGGAUCCCUCCCAGCUGACGGACGACUUUGAAGGCUCUCUGGACUACAACCACGAGGAGUGGAUGGAGCUGAGAGUCUCUCUGGAGGAAUUCAUGUCCAACGCUGUUCACCUGCUGUCUAGACUGGAGGACCUGCAGGAGCUUCUGUCCAAGAAGGAGUUUCCUGCGGAUGUGGAGGGAUCCCGUCGGUUGAUAGAGGAGCACACACAGCUGAAGAAGAAGGUGCUGAAGGCUCCAGUGGAGGAGUUGGACCGGGAAGGCCAGAGGUUGUUGCAGUGUAUCCGAUCUAGUGAGGGUUUUUCAGGGAGGAACUGCAUCUCGGGCUCUGCUGAUUUCCAGAGCUUGGUGCCCAAGGUGGCCAGUCUGCUGGAUAAGCUCCACUCCACGAGGCAGCAUCUCCAUCAGAUGUGGCACGUCAGGAAGCUGAAGCUGGACCAGUGCUUCCAGCUCCGCCUCUUCGAACAGGAUGCCGAGAAGAUGUUUGACUGGAUCAGCCACAACAAAGAAGUGUUCCUGCAGAGUCACACGGAGAUUGGCCGAGGUUACCAACAUGCUGUGGAGCUGCAGACUCAACACAGCCACUUCGCCAUGAACUCCAUGAAUGCCUAUGUAAAUAUCAACAGAAUCAUGUCAGUGGCGAGCCGCCUGGUGGAGGCCAGUCACUACGCCUCCACACAGAUAAAACAGAUCUCAGGUCAACUGGAUCAGGACUGGAAAAGUUUUGCUGCUGCACUUGACGAGCGCUCCACCAUCCUCGCCAUGUCGUCUGUCUUUCACCAGAAGGCUGAACAGUUCCUGUCGGAGGUGGAGGCCUGGUGUAAAGUCUGCAGUGAGGGAGGGUUACCGUCCGAGAUGCAGGAGCUGGAAAUCGCAAUCCACCGCCAUCAGAGCCUGUACGAGCAAGUCACCCAGGCUUACACUGAGGUGAGUCAGGACGGUAAAGCCCUAUUGGACGUCCUCCAGAGGCCUCUGAGUCCCGGCAACUCUGAUUCGCUGACAGCCACUGCCAAUUACUCCAAAGCGGUUCACUGCAUCCUGGAUGUGGUUCACGAGGUUCUCCACCAUCAGCGGCGUCUGGAGAAUAUCUGGCAGCAUCGAAAAGUCCGACUGCACCAGAGACUGCAGCUGUGUGUGUUCCAGCAAGAUGUCCAGCAGGUGAUGGACUGGAUAGAAAACCACGGCGAGGCUUUCCUCAGCAAACACACUGGUGUUGGGAAAUCCCUUCACAGAGCCCGAGCCCUGCAGAAAAGACACGACGACUUUGAAGAUGUAGCUCAGAACACAUACACAAAUGCAGACAAGCUGCUGGAGGCGGCUGAGCAGCUGGCUCAGACCGGAGAGUGCGAUCCAGAAGAAAUCUACAAGGCAGCCAGACACCUGGAAGUCCGAAUCCAGGACUUUGUCCGCCGAGUCGAACACAGGAAGCUGCUGCUCGACAUGUCUGUCUCCUUCCACACACAUACCAAGGAGCUGUGGUCGUGGAUGGAGGAGCUGCAGAAGCAGCUGUUGGACGAAGUGUGCUGCGAUUCGGUGGAUUCAGUUCAGACUCUAAUCCAGCAGUUUCAGCAGCAGCAGACGGCCACGCUCGAGGCGACGCUCAAUGUGAUUAAAGAGGGAGAAGAAUUAAUACAGCAGCUCAGAGAUGCAGCCAUGUCGACCAAUAAGACGCCACACUGCAGUUCCAUCGCACACAUCCAGGGGGUGCUGCAGCAGCUGGACGAGGCCCAGGGCCAGAUGGAGGAACUGUUCCACGAGCGCAAAAUCAAGCUGGACAUCUUUCUCCAGCUACGCAUAUUUGAGCAGUAUACAAUAGAAGUCACAGCGGAGUUGGACACCUGGAACGAGGAUCUGUCUCGUCAGCUGAACGACGGCAGCCGCUCAGGCGGUAGCAGCAGCAGCAGUGGGGGAGGCGGCGCCUCCUCUGGCAGCGCAGAGGACAUCGGCCUGGCAGAGCAGCGGCUGAAAAGACACGCAGAGAGGAAGGCAGCCAUGAACAACAUGACCUACGAAGUGAUGCAGCAGGGUCAAGACCUGCACCAGUACAUCAUGGAGGUCCAGGCUUCAGGGAUCGAGCUGACAGGGGAGAAGGACAUGGACUUGGCCUCUCAGGUUCAGGAGCUGUUGGAGUUCCUCCAUGAGAAGCAGCAGGAGGUGGAGCUCAACGCGCAACACACGCACACACGGCUGGAACAAUGCCUGCAGCUGCGCCACCUACAGGCCGAGGUUAAACAGGUGUUGGGUUGGAUUCGUAAUGGUGAGUCCAUGUUGAAUGCCAGCAUGGUGAAUGCCAGCUCUCUGUCUGAGGCUGAGCAGCUGCAGAGGGAACAUGAACAGUUCCAGAUGGCUAUCGAGUCUCUCUUCCAUGCUAACUCUCUUCAGAAGACUCAUCAGAGCGCUUUGCAGGUCCAGCAAAAAGCUGAGAUGGUGCUACAGGCAGGUCACUAUGAUCCAGAGGCAAUUCGAAGCUGUGCUGAGAAAGUGGCUAUCCACUGGCAGCAGUUGAUGCUGAAGAUGGAGGACCGCCUGAAGCUUGUCAAUGCCUCUGUGGCCUUCUACAAGACGUCUGAACAGGUCUGCAGUGUGUUAGAGAGCCUUGAGCAGGAGUAUCGUCGGGAUGAAGACUGGUGUGGCAGUCAUGAUAAACUGGGAAUGUCGGCUGACAGCGACCACCUUCUACCUCUGAUCAGUAAACACCUGGAGCAGAAAGAAGCUUUCCUCAAGGCAUGCACUCUGGCCCGGAGGAACGCUGAGGUGUUUCUGAAGUACAUCCACAGGAACAAUGUGAGCAUGCCUGGAGCCACCAGUCACGCCAGAGGGCCUGAACAGCAAGUUAAAGCCAUUCUGAAUGAGCUGCUGCAGAGAGAGAACAGAGUCCUUCACUUCUGGACAUUAAAGAAACGAAGGCUGGACCAGUGUCAGCAGUAUCUGGUGUUUGAACGCAGCACCAAACAGGCAUUGGAUUGGAUCCAAGAGACAGGUGAAGUUUACUUGGCCACACACACGUCACCUGGAGACAGCAGCGAGGAAACACAGCAGCUCCUCAACGACUAUCAUCACUUCAGACAUACUGCCAAGCAAACCAAGGAGAAGGUGAAGCUGCUGAUCCAGUUGGCGGACAACCUGGUGGAGAAAGGCCAUGCCCAUGUGUCGGAGCUGAAGCGCUGGGUCAGCACGGUGGAUCGCAGAUACCGCGACUUCUCCCUACGCAUGGCCAAAUACCAGGAGAGCCUAGAAAGGAGCCUGGGAGUCAGCUCUGAGGACAAUAAAGACUUGGAGUUGGACAUUAUCCCUGCCAGCCUGACAGAUGACCCUGAGGUCAAACUUCGUGAUCCCAACCACGAGGUCAAUGAGGAAAAGAGGAAGUCCGCCAGGAAGAAAGAGUUCAUCAUGGCAGAGCUACUGCAGACAGAGAAGACCUACGUCAGAGAUCUCCACGAAUGUUUAGAGACCUACCUGUGGGAGAUGACCAGCGGUGUGGAGGAGAUUCCUCCAGGCAUCGCCAACAAGGAGCAUAUCAUCUUCGGCAACAUGCAGGAGAUCUGUGACUUCCACAACAAUAUUUUCCUGAAGGAGCUGGUGAACUAUGAGCAGCUACCAGAGGAUGUUGGUCACUGCUUUGUCACCUGGGCUGAUAAGUUCCACAUUUAUGUGGAUUACUGUAAGAACAAACCAGACUCCAGUCAGCUCAUACUGGAGCAUGCGGGCACCUUCUUCGACGACAUUCAGCAGAGACGUGGACUGGCUAACUCCAUCUCCUCCUACCUCAUCAAACCGGUCCAGAGGAUCACCAAGUACCAACUACUGCUUAAGGAGUUACUGUCUUGUUGUGAGGAGGGUAAAGGGGAGAUUAAAGAUGGUUUGGAGGUGAUGCUCAGUGUUCCUAAGAGAGCUAAUGAUGCCAUGCAUCUCGCCAUGUUGGAGGGGUUUGAGGAAAACCUGGAGGUGCAGGGCGAGCUGAUCCUGCAGGACAGUUUCCAGGUUUGGGAUCCACGCUCGCUGAUCAGGAAGGGGCGGGACCGCCACCUCUUCCUGUUUGAGUUCUCCCUGGUCUUCAGCAAGGAGAUCAAAGAUUCAGCUGGCAGAACCAAGUACCAGUACAAGAACAGACUACUGACAUCAGAGUUGGGGAUAACUGAGCACAUUGAGGGCGAUUCGUGCAAAUUUGCUCUGUGGGCAGGAAGAACUCCCUCCUCUGAUAACAAAACUGUGCUAAAGGCGUCCAGUAUGGAAGCUAAACAGGAGUGGAUUAAAAACAUCAGGGAGGUGAUCCAGGAGAGGAUGACUCACCUGAAGGGGGCACUUAAGGAGCCUGUUCAUCUGCCUAAAACACCAGCACUGACCAAACCCAGGAAUAACACUAAGAGGGAGGGAGGUGAAGAUGGAGACAGUCAAGGAGACGGCAGCAGCCAGCCAGAUACCAUCUCCAUCGCCUCCAGGACGUCCCAGAACACUGUAGACAGCGACAAGCUCUCUGGUGGUUGUGAGUUGACAGUCGUCCUUCAGGACUUCACAGCAGGAUGCAGUACGGAGAUGUCUGUCAGCACUGGCCAGACGGUGGAGCUGUUGGAGCGGCCGAGCGAGCGGCCUGGUUGGUGUCUGGUGCGAACCACCGACCGCAGCCCACCACAGGAGGGACUGGUUCCCAGCUCCACACUCUGCGUGUCCCAUUCGCGCUCCAGCGUGGAGAUGGACUGCUUUUUCAGCUCGGGGAAAGAAAACUAUCCUGUUAGCGGCUCUGAUGGAAAGACAGAGUCAGUGGCGAACCUUCAGCCACAACCAUCCCUCAGCUCGCUGCAGUCCAGCUCUCCUGGUCCCAAACGCUCCGGAAACACUCUGAGAAAAUGGCUGACCAGUCCAGUCCGCCGCCUCAGCCACGGCAGCUCCGUCAAGAAACUCCCCAAUAACAAACAGAAGAAGACUGGAACAGGAAGAGAGGAAAGCAGGAAGAGCAUUGACCUCGGACAGCCCGACCUGCAGGAUGACAUCAUCAAUGAGAGAGUCAGUAAGGAAGGGAACAUCCUCUCUAAGACGUCCUCCGGGAUGCAGAGCGGCGGGGAGGAGGAGCAGGACGAGGAGGCUCACACCCCUCUGCCUCCCCCCAUGGAAAUCAUCAAAGACCCCUCAGCUCAGGACGACAAGUCCUCAUCCUUGCUAACGUCUCUACAGUCGUCCUCUGAGGUGCCCAGCGCUGCAGAGCUGGUUAGCGCCAUAGAAAAACUGGUUAAAACCAAGAUGACUCUGGAACCCGGCGCGUACCCCGGCUUCACCUCUCUCACCCCACCAGAGCAAACUACUCCUGUCCAGCCACGAAACCCUGAACUGGAGCAGAGAGCCAAAGCUAUGAGAGGACGGAUGUUUGUUCUGAACGAGCUGAUUCAGACGGAGAAGGACUACGUCAAAGACCUGGGCAUCGUGGUAGAGGUCUUCAUGAAGAGGAUCGAGGACAAGGGCGUCCCUGAUGACAUGAAAGGAAAAGACAAAAUUGUCUUUGGGAACAUCCACCAGAUCUACGACUGGCACAGAGAUUUCUUCGUAGGAGAGCUGGAGAAAUGUCUAGACGACCAUGAACACCUUCCUGAGCUCUUCAUCAAACACGAGAGAAGACUCCACAUGUAUGUGGUUUAUUGUCAGAAUAAGCCCAAGUCAGAGUUCAUCGUAGCAGAAUAUGACACAUACUUUGAUGGAAUCCAGCAGGACAUCGAAUCCAGGUUGUCCAUCAGUGACUUCCUCAUCAAACCAAUCCAGAGAAUCACCAAAUACCAGCUGCUACUGAAGGACUUCCUGAAGUUCAGCUCCAAGGCAGGAAUGGACUGCGAACAAAUUGAGAAAGCAGUAGAUUUGAUGUCUCAGGUCCCUAAACUGUGUAAUGACAUGAUGAAUUUGGGUCGGCUGCAAGGAUACGAGGGUAAACUGACCUGUCAGGGCAAACUGCUGCAGCAAGAAACCUUCUUUGUAACAGAGCAGGACACCGGCGUCCUAUCACGCUCCAAAGAACGACGAGUUUUCCUCUUUGAGCAGAUCGUCAUCUUCAGUGAGCUGCUCAGGAAAGGAUCGUCCACGCCCGGAUACCAGUUCAAGAAGAGCAUCAAGGUAUCCUACCUGGGUCUGGAGGAAUGCAUGGAUAACGAUCCCUGUAAGUUCGUCUUGUCGUGUCGCGGCUCCUCGGAGCGGUUCACCCUGCAGGCCGCCAAUGUCGACAUCAAGCAGGUUUGGGUCCGACACAUCCAGGAAGUCCUGGAUACUCAGAGCAACUUCCUGUAUGCUCUUCAGUCUCCCAUUGAGUACCAGAGGGAGAGGAGCGGAGCAGGCAGCAGCUCCUCACUGACCAGAAACCGCUCGUCCUCGGGGAACCGGCCCGCUACGUCGUCUCACAGCCGUCCAUCCUCGGCGGUCGGGCUCGGUGACAAGGAGACGGAGAGAGGGAGGAGCCAGAUGAAAGUGUCUACCUCCAACGGCGGUUCGUCAUGUUUUGACUCCAGGGACAGUGAAGGCGGCUGCAACGGUGUCUCUUCCACCAUGUUGGUCACUCAGGACUACUCGGCGCUCAAAGAGAACGAGAUCUGCGUCAGUCAGGGAGAGACCGUCCAAAUCCUGGCCACCAAUCAGCAGAACAUGUACCUUGUUUACCGACCAGCCAACAGCCAAUCACCUGCCGCAGAGGGCUGGGUGCCGGGACGCAUCUUGGACCCGCCCACAAAGUCUAUAAAAGACUCUUCUUCUACUUCCUCCUUCUCAGCAACAGUGGCCGAUGCCAACAACAUCAAGAAGUCUCUGUCCUGGAACACACUGCGUGCCAGGAAGCGCGCUGAAGCCAAGGACGUCUCCUCUGUGGGGGUCAGAGGUCAGGAGAAUGGCCUCCUCCGUAAGCCCAAAGAAACCACACCCCCUCCCCCGCUCGCCUCCCCUGCUACAAGGGCGAAGGGCAAAGAGGUUCACACUUCAGAUGAAUCAGACUGUGAUGAUGAUCUUGACCCAAAGACAGGCAUGGAGCUUCUCAAUCCAAACUUCAUUCAGGAAGUGGCUCCGGAGUUCCUCGUCCCUCUGUCAGACGUGGUGUGUGCGUUCGGGGAGACUGUAGUCCUCUGCUGUAAAGUCUGUGGACGACCCAAACCCUCCGUCACCCUGAAGGGUCCCGACCAGAACCCAGUGACCAGCAACAGCCGCUUCACCAUAGACAUCAGGGAUACAGGUGACAUCUUGUUGAAGAUCUGUAAUCUGAUGCCUCAGGAUACCGGGAUCUACACCUGCGUUGCCGUUAACGACCACGGCUCUGCCUCGUCCUCCGCCUCCAUUAAAGUGCAAGGUAUCCCAGCAGCCCCUGGGAGACCGGUGGCCCAGGAGGCCAGCAGCACGGCUGUGAUGAUCCACUGGCCGCCUCCGGCUUCGUCCGCUCACUGUGCUGUCAGCAGCUACACUGUGGAGUACAGACAGGAAGACUCGUUGCUAUGGCAGCAGGAGGUCAGCAGCAGAGAGGAGUGUGUUCAGAUCGACACUCUGAUCCCCGGGGGUCACUAUCAGUUCAGAGUGCGAGCCUCCAACCGCUGGGGGGUCGGCCCGCCGUCCGAGCCCUCAAAUAUGGUCACACUGUCCAGCAGCAACUCUGGCUAUGAUGGAACAGGGAUCCAGUGGAAAGAAAACUUUGAGUCGACCUUCUCUGAGAUCUGUGAGAUUGGAAGGGGACGAUUUUCAGUGGUGAGAAAAUGUCUCAACAAGUCUACAAAGAAAGAGGUUGCGGUUAAGUUUGUGAGUAAGAAGAUGCAGAAGAAGGAGCAGGUGGCCCAUGAGGCAGACGUCCUCCUACAUGUACAGAAUCACCAGCUGGUGGCGCUGCUGGACACAUACGAGUCUCCCACUUCUCUGAUGCUGAUCCUGGAGCUUAUGGAGAAUGGUCGUUUGCUCGAUUACCUCGUCGCCCAUGAUGAGCUGAUGGAGGAGAAGGUGGCGUUCUUCAUCAGAGAAACACUAGAGGCCCUGCAGCACCUUCAUACCUGCAGAGUAGCACACCUGGAUCUGAAGCCUGAGAACAUCAUGGUGGACCUCCACACUCCUACCCCUUCCAUUAAGCUCAUCGAUCUCGGCGAUGCCGUCCAUCUGUCCGCCCACCGCCGGUAUGUUCACCUCUUGCUUGGAAACCCAGAGUUUGCUGCACCUGAGCUCAUCCGCGGGACGCCGGUCUCUGUUGCGACAGACGUGUGGAGCGUCGGCGUGCUGGCUUACGUGAUGCUCAGUGGCGUUUCCCCGUUUCUGGAUGAAUCACCGGAGGAAACCUGCGUCAACAUCUGCCGCCUGGACUUCUGCUUCCCAGAUGAAUACUUCCGCGAUGUGAGCCAGGCAGCGAGGGAUUUUGUGUCCUCAGUGCUGCAGCAGGAUCCCAGGAAGAGGCCAAGCGCUACUUCUUGUCUGCAGCACCCGUGGGUGGGUCGCGGGGGUGUACAUGGUGGAGAGUACUCCAAGACGCCUCUGGACACGACGCGGUUGGCCACAUUCAUUGACAGAAGAAGACAGCUGCAUGACGUUCGGCCCAUCACCAAUAUCAAAGGGCUGGUGAGCAGCAGCAUGGGCAACACACUGUGAUGGAGAGGAGCUCUGAGUGUUUGAACACUCAGUGUUAAUCCAUCUGUCACCACCAGGGCACCCACAAUAACAUUACAAUAUGUUUCAAGCAUUUAAUUAUCUUUAGUAUUUAUUAACGCGUGAGUGAGAAAGGGAUUUGGUGCCUGAAUCCUUCCUGUAGUGCGAGAUUCAAUCUUCUUUCUAGGACCACUAGGCCACUCUGUCACCACUAGACCAAACUUAUAAGCUGAAAAGAAAAUGACAGCUGUACAAUAUUUAAUUGCUGACUAACACUUCACCUGGUCUUUGUUCACCUAGUAUCACCCGUUACAUAUGAAGUGGGUCCCAUAAACUGCCUAGACACCCCAUAAGAACCCAAAGAAAUUAAAGCUCAAAGUUGAGAAAAUGAGCAUUUAGAAAACACACUGUGAGCAGACAUAAUGGCAACAUAUUUAUUUAUAUUUGUAAUGUUUAUUUUUCCAGGGACAGAUGAUAUAUUGGAGGCAAGUGCCCGUUACACUAAUCCCAGUGUUGAGCUAAUCUUAUCUUGGAUCUGCAGGAGGCUGUUUCAUGUUCAGCUGGGGGCAAGAUGCCGUUGCUCAGGAACACUGCAGCAGUACCGAGUCCUGCAGAGAUUGGCCUCACUAGCCAGCUAGCUAGCAGAAUCAUGCUCACUGAGAAGCAUUUUACCACCCUUGCUUAGCUAACAUGCUAUGGCUUACAUAACUGAACAUAUUAACAGGUUUUGUGAGUUUCUGACGACUAGAAGGCAAAUUUUGCCAGACAGAGAUAUUUUGCCUGAUCAGUGACUGAUAUCAUCGGGUUGGUCAGUAGCAAAAAUGGUAAUGCACUGUGACGAAACUGCUAAUGAUAUAUUUGUAGUCAUCUAGUCUGAUUUGAAAUAUUAUCAUGAGGAACUCUCAUGGAGGAUUAAAGAAUCUAAACAGCUUCGAAGGGAAUCUGACUGAUCACAGCCAACAGAGGAGUUAGAGCGUACACCUUUUUAAUGUUGGUUUAGGUGCUGUUCUUAUCCUGGGUUACGUAGUGAGCCGAGCCAGGGUCAAUGUCUUGCUCACCUAUCACACUUUGACAGGAUUACUAGAAUUUUGGGGAUUGAUCCUGGGACUGUCACUGCAUAGUACUUGAAGCCUGCCCCACACAGUAGCUUCAGUGACGGAGAAGACUAAGGAUCAUUAGGAAUAGUAAUUUUGGGGAACAGUGUGAUGGAGGGUUUCAGCAGAGCCAUCAAGAAUGUUGUAAAAAAAAAAAAAAACCUCAUGAAUGAAAUUUUGGUUUAACAAGCAGACGUUUCACUCCAUAGCACGGAUGUUCUGCUAAUUGUGUUGAAUGUGUUUUGAUUUGUUGAGGCGGGAGAGGCAAAUUAGUCCAAAUCCCAACUAACUGAAAACAUUAUAAAUUCCCAAAUUUCUGCUCUGUUUGAUCACUGGUGGGAAAACCUCUCCACAUAGGAAGUGAUCAAUAAAAAAAGUGUCUCCUAAACAGCAGCAAGCAAGAAACCUGGACUUAAAAAUAUAUAUUUAACUCUUCUUGUUCAUUUGGUAUGAAGCAUAACAGACCAUUUACGUCACCUCGGAGGAUUUCGGCAUCAUUUCAGCUAACACGUUUGAUAACUGUAACUGCAAUUUAAACCACCAACAUGCAAAGCUUUUUUGGACUGGAUGCAACAGCUCUGAACCCUGCUAUGAUAUACCCUUAAUUUAUUGAAUGUUUAUUUAUUACAGGACUGAGGUUGAGAGUGAAAUCAUAAGAUGACUAAAUCGAACCGAACUGCACUGAGCUGAACUGAAGUCACCGAACAGCUGCUGGACUGUGCAGCUAGUUUACGUUGUGAAUAGUGUUGUAGUGAAUUGCUGGAGGAGUUUACAUCAAAUCACUGACUGAUCUAUACUGAACUGUGCUGGACUGAACUGUCAUGAAUUACAAUAAACUGGAUCAAAAUGGGCAGUUUUAGCCAACAGCAUCGCUAAAUGGAAGGUGAAGAAAAUCAGUGAAUAACCUCCUAGAGCAAACAGAGGACUACUGGAUCUUACACAGUAACUCAGAAAAGGCACCAUGGAGACUGAAAUCCUUUCUAUAGGACACCUAUAAUUUGUUCGUAUCACUGUUUACAAAAAAAAGUCCAAAUAAUGUUUAAGUAGUUUACAAAAAAGUAGAAUAAUCAGGGAAAACCUGCAUGUAAAUUCACCAGGGAUGGUUUAGAAAUCAGGUUAGAAAUCUGUCUGUUUCUAGAAGAAAAACCUGUUGGUGUUGAGGUGGGAAAUGAACUCCACCCUGAAACUUUUUUUGUUUGUACAUGUGUCUACCAGCCACUGUGGCAAGUAACCAACCGCAGUGUCCCAUUCAUUUGGCUUGUAAAAUAGUUUGUGUGGCUGCUGAAUUGGUCUUGGAUUUAGACAGAAGAGUCCAUUUACUGAUGAAUGUAAUUUCUUGUAGAAUGUGUUCUGCCAUCACAAGUGCUGUCCUCUGCUUUCACCAAAUGCUUUCGCUUUCACAAUGCUCCCUUCUGACCAUUUUGCAUCCCCACCCCCCGCAAGUAUUUAGCAUACUCCGUUAGUAAGCAUUUAUUUUCAUGCAGCCGGGGAUGCAGAAUGGUGCAAAUGUAAGCAACCCACUGUUCUGAAGAAGCAACUUUCACCUUUGAUGUCGAGUACAACAACAUCCAUGGGAAUCUGCAAGUGUAAUAGUUUGUGUUUAUCAGUGCAGCUGUAAUGAGAUCUAUUCAGGUACCAGUGGAACAGCAGAGCGUUCUGCUGUUUCAUCUCAGUUCCAUCUUCUCAGCAGGGACUUGUUGGAAAUUUCAGCUUCACAAAGGGAAAAAUGCAACAGAGCAAAAAAGUCAAACAAGUAAUCAUAUAAAUAAAUACAAAGACAAAUGAUUUAAUUUGGCUCUGCCCUGUGUGGAAAAAGUGAAAUUAUGAAAUAAAACUGUCAUUGGGGAAAAUGGCAAUGUGAGAUAAAAACAGACUCUGGCAAAAAACAGUUAAAUUUAAAAAAUGUGUGAUAAACUGUGUUACUGUCAAAAGACGAAGGCUGAUAUAACAUGUCAUAAUACUGAGCCGAGUUUUAAAACCUUAUCGCAGCAUUUCACUAUUUAAUUUUGUUGUCUUAUUUAUUUAAUUAAUUUGAACACUUUGGGCCUCCAUACUCCAUACAACCUCAGCCCACCUGUUAGCUGUGUCUCUUGAAUGGAAUACAGCCUAGGUGACAUAAAAAUGACCAGUUGCUAUAGCAACCACGCUGGUGCAGAACUGCAGAGUCAACAUGGCUGCCGUAGAACUCUCACUGCCUGCAGUUUAUGCUAGCAAAGGUGCUUUUACUGUGUGUGUUUAUCAACUGUUGCUAACAAUCAAAUGUUAUCCUGAAUGCCUGAAGUACGUAAAUGUAUGUUGUUUACAAAGAAAAAACAAUAAUGAAGAUGAAAAUCAGAUUACGUUACAGGUCUGUUUCUGCUGCUUUCUCUGCAGUAGCAGCCUACAUUUCAAUAAGCAGUGGAUCACAUUGUAAACGUCACUGCUUUGGUCCCCACAUGGCACGAGUACCUAAUCUUUUAACGAGCCUGAGCCCUCCAUUUACUCAUCGUUUACAUUUCAACAGAAAAAGUUAAAUCUGUGCUCUGCAUUAUAGUAUUUUAGCCUGGCACUCAGGGUCUUCAUGAGGUAUAAACCAGCCUUCAAAAUGCAUAAUGUUUCAGCAAUUCAGCAGAAUAUUGAAGCUUUACUGAGCUCUGUAUUUCUGUCUUGUUAAUUGUUAAUAGUUUCCUGUAAAGACGACCAUUCAUCUGCAACCUCUGGAGUGAGAUUUUUUUAAAUUCUAUAUUACUGUUCGUGAUCGAAAGCUUGGACUCCAAAUGUUUCCCAGUCUGCCCAUCUUGAUUUAAGCUGACAAUGGAAAUAUUCAAAUUUGAUAAUGCAGUAGGAGUGUACAAUAUUUAAAGUACUAGCUCUGUCUGAAGCCAGUACAGCUUCACCCUCCGGUUUGCUACAGCUGUUCUCCUAACCCGGGUUUGACCUGCGCAGCAGCAGAGGCUUGGUUUUAACUCUCUGAAGAACGGAGCUGAUCUGUUGUCUACACCACAUGCAAUCUCAUAACGAGGGAUGCUCCAAUCAAUCGGGUACUGAAUGAAAUCGCCAGUAAGUGAGGCAAACGCAUGUCUCAACUGAUAUUGUCAUUGUCAUUUAAGUUUUCGCCCUCUGGUAUUCACAUGCAGCCUCAGUGUAACUGUAACCUAUGAUUACCUUUAAGCUUGACUCUUGACUGUCAGAAAGUCAGGAAGAAAUGAAAUCAGUCCUUUUGUGUUCAAUCUGUUUUUCAGGAAAGUCCUACAGUCAACUAGUCAACUUUAGUGUUUCUGUCAGACAGAAGGCCCUUUAAUUAACAUUUUGUCUUGAGGUUAGGGCUGAAGGGAAUAUUUAGAAAUUAAAACAUCUUUAUUCACAUGAAUAAUUCACACCUGUUUUCAUGUGUUUUGAGCAUGUGGCGUAUAUUGAAAUUCAUACAGAUGUAAAUGUACCCAAAAUGCAUCAAAAAACUAAAUCUGAUCACCACAACGAGAUUAGCAGGAUGGCAAAAUUUUUUACUUAAAGUAAAAGUACAAACGGAUUAGCAUCAAAAUAUACUUUAAAGUACUUAUUAUACAGAACUGCCCAUUUCAGAAUAUGAGCCAUUCUGCAUAUUAUAUUAUUGGAUUAUAAUAAUGAUGCAUUAAUGUGUACUUUAAUGUUACAGCCGGUAAAGGUGUGGAUAAUUUGAAUUAGUAGGGAUCAAUGAAGUCUUAUCUAAACCUAUAAAAGACAUAAUUUAUCUGUAUUAUUAAUCUGAAUCUACAGAGUAACUAGUAAUUAAAGUUAUCAAAAUGUAGUGAAGUAAUGAGUACAAUAUUUGCCUCCGACUUGUUGAAGUAUAAAGUAUCAGAAAAUGGAAAUACUCAAGUAAAGUGCAAGUACCUAAAACUGUACAGAACCUCAGAUCGUCUUCUCCAUUGAGUUAAACUUCAGGCCGACUGUCCCGGUGUCUAUACAAUCCCAGUCCCACAAUGCAUCUGUCAUGGCUUGGUGAGCCACGUAGCACCAUGGUGGCUCCACCCUGUUGAAUGCUAGUCUGUGCUGCAUCCUGAUAGUGUUCAUGCUGAGCUUCGUCCAUAGAGAAACAUGCUGAUGGCUUCAUGUUGCUGUGUGCAGCAGCACACUUCUGUAUAGGCUGCCUCUUCUUACUCCAUCCGACCUGCUGGUUUGUUACUCUUUACUAAUAAAGAACCUGCUUGUUUGUAGUUUUUCCUCUUUCUGUCUCAUUCCCUUAAAUCACGGUGUGAAGGCUUUUUUUGUGCGUGGGCUAUAACAUUUUAGACUCUGGUUAAAUGUCAUUUAUUUAUGAAAGUACAAGCAUAAUAAUAUCUUACUGGUUGAAAUUAUUAAUUGAUUUAUUGAUUGCUUCAUUCAACAUCUUUAAAACAAACCGUGAGUGAAUGACCACAGACUCUGCACAGGAUUCUGCCAAUUUACUGAGCCCAGUAAGAUUAUAGAAAAGCUAAAUACAUUCACGUGUCCUGAACAUUUUUAAGACGUAAAAUGGAAUUUAGCCUCUAGUUUACAGUUGUUUUAAGAGGCUUGAGUCAACAGUUUAGUAGAUUAUAACAAAAACCCCAAAAAGGUGAAUGUGCAUUCUUUGAGUUAAAGCUAUAAAGGCGAGACAUGAGGCAGCAAUGUAUGUGGAGGAGAGUUGAAGCUAAAAAGACCAGCAGACAGUCAUGUGUUCAACAGUGUUUCAAAACUUUUGUUCAAUUUGCUCAGACGGGACUACAGAAAUGUUAAGUCUACAGCUGCAGAAAAUGAAUAUGAAAUGCUGUAAAGCCAAAAUAAAAAUUGGCUUAAAAAGUCA